AUGUCUACUGCCGUCGAAAACCACGCCGACAACCAGGCCGCUGCCACCCCCGCCGCCACUGAGGCUACUACCAACGGCACUGCUCCUGCCGCUCCGGCGCAGUCCACCGAUGCUGCUGCCGCCAGUGCUGAUGAGGGACGUCGGCUGUACAUUGGGAAUCUCGCUUAUGCGACCACUGAGGGGGAGCUCAAGGAGUUCUUCAAGAACUACAAGGUUGAAAGUGUCUCCAUCCCUGUGAACCCUCGUACCAACCGCCCUGUUGGGUACGCCUUCGUGGAUCUUGCUACUGCCCACGAGGCUACCUCUGCCAUUGGUGAACUCUCUGGAAAGGAGAUUCUCCAGCGCAAGGUUUCUGUUCAGCUGGCCCACAAGCCCGAGCCUGCCGAGGCCAAGGCCGAGGGUGCUGUAAGUGGCGGUGAGGGUGCCAGUGGCAAUGAGGGCCGCAGGAGGACCGGAGGUCGUGGCCGUGGCCGCGGCCGCGGCCGCGGUCGUGGAGGUCGCCUCGGUCGCGGAGGCCGUGCUCAGAACCAGCCCCAGAAUGGCCAGGCUGCUGCUCCCGCUGAGCCUACCAACGUCCCAGCUCAGGCCGCUCCUCUGACUGAGACUACCAACCAGACUGAAGCUGCUGCUACCUCUGAGUCUGGUAAACAGGCUGCUAAGCCUCGUGCCCGCCCCCAGAAGCAGCGCGGCCCCCCUGAGGAUGGAAUUCCUUCCAAGACCAAGGUCAUGGUUGCCAACCUUCCUUAUGAUCUGAGUGAGGACAAGCUCAAGGAGAUCUUCGCCGCCUACUCGCCCGUUUCCGCUAAGAUCGCUCUGCGUCCCAUUCCCCGCUUUAUGAUCAAGAAGCUCCAGGCCCGCAACGAGCGCCGUAAGGGCCGUGGCUUUGGUUUCGUCACUCUUGGCUCUGAGGAGCUCCAGGAGAAGGCCGUGAAGGAGAUGAAUGGCAAGGAGAUCGAGGGUCGUGAGAUUGCCGUCAAGGUCGCCAUCGACAGCCCCGGCAAGGAAGACGAUGCUGUUGCCGUGCCCGCUACCGACGCUGAGAAGAUUGAGCCGGCAACCGAAGCUCCGGCACAGGAGAACGCUGCUCCGGCCGCUGCUUAA